UUUCAGAAUCUUUGCGCCGCUAGGCCCUGCCUAAAUCAUGGCACCUGCUACGUGGGAUACACGGAGAAAAAAAUCGUUUGUUUUUGCCCAGAUGGCUACGGCGGAGAAAAAUGCGAGAAAAGUAAAGAGAAUUUUGAUGAUUAGUACAUACCUCCAAAUAUCUUUCCUGCUGAAUUGUGAUAAUAUAUAAUUUAGCGUUUCCUAUCACUCAAGAGUUUUAUGCCCACAUGUCAGGGUUAACUGCAGUGGUGUCCCACCCCCAAUCACACCAGACGCUUGUUUCCCGGACUGCAAUUCUUUGUUACAUCGACAGGAUCGUAUAUAACUUUUUAACAGACUGAUUUUUUUAAAGAAAUGCCCGUUACAUUUUGCCACUAAACUAAAUUUCAGAGAUAUUCAAAAAUGUAAUUGCUUUUGGGUACCCUCGCAUAAUCUGUUCGCCUCUCAUCACAAAACAGAUUGACAGAUUGAGAAACACGUGGUCGUCUCUAUGAGAAGUAAUUUGCCACAAAAAAGUUCAGUAGUCCCUUCUAAAACAAAGUUUAGACCCCAACCAAUCAGAAGGUCCUGGAUCCGCCCUUGCUAAGUUUGUGCAACGGUUGUUAAUGGCUUAUGUGCCUUGCUAAAAUCAUUGUGAUAUAGUCUCAGUCUAAGUUUGUGAGUUACAUUUUUUUUAUUUACAUGUUUAACGCAGUCACACAACUUGUGGGAAUAGCACGCCUUUAACAAUCGGAAUAGAGGAAUAACGUAUUAAUAAGGAUCUUUAAUUCUCUCGGUAGUUGCGUCAUGCAGCUAGUUAAAGGAGAACAACCCAGCAGCAGAAAGCGGAAAUUACAUCAUUGAUUCAGAUGGCGAGGGAGAUCUAGAGCCAUUCUCAGUGUACUUUAACAUGACAGAGAAAAUGGUGUUGGCGUGACAGUCAUCAGUCGUGAUAGCGAGAACACAACAAAAGUGAAAGGAUAUGAAAACCCAGGUACAUACACCCGAGAUGUUAACUACACUGGAGCGCGUCUAUCUCAGUUGGCAAGUCUCACCGCAGUCUUCUCACACUGUGAGCAGUUUAUCAAAUGCGAGUGUCACAGUUCGGUUUUGCUUAGUAACAAUUAUCCAAACGGCUGGUGGAUGUCACGUGAUUCUACUAAGUUGACGUACUGGGGUGGGGCAUCUGUCAAUGAUAAGUAUGCAUCCAGGAUGAACAACACAUGUGCAGACCCUUGCUAUGGUUGUAACUGUGAUAAAAAUGACAAAGUGUGGCGAGAAGACAGUGGUCUCCUGACUGACAGGACAAAGCUUCCUGUCAAACAGCUCAAGUUUGGUGAUACUGGUGAAAGUUGGGAGAUAGGCUUUCACACUUUAGGGAAGUUUAAGUGUUAA